GUGCAUAGUAGAUAGUACCUUCAAAAACGAAAAAUUUCAUACCGAAGAAUGUCGUAAUAGGGGCAAAUAUAAUAAGAGCAGAGUAGACAAAAACUGUCUUAAAAAUAUUGUAGGGUGUCGUUUGAAUCAUUUUUAGAAUCUGGAAAUUUGAUUAAUCUGAGAGGUUAGGCAUAGAGUGUCAAGUGACUGACUUGGGGAAUUUAGUUUUCUCGCGUGCUGAUUUAAUUUAAAUAAAAACAAUUUGCUUUAAAUUUGCCCAAGUUUGUGAUAAAUGUGGGUAUUUGUUUGUUUGCGUGACGACGAUUUAAUAAAGUUUUAAUUUUGAAUUCAUUGAGUGAUUAUGAACAUUUGAUUAAUGUGAUUUCGGUUGGUACGUUUGAAGCGGUCAAUUUGAAACCUGUCAAAGCAAAUAACGCUAAUCUGUGUGGAAAAACACUCGUUGCUUAUCGAUCCGUUCCGAUCGUGUCCGACGUUUAAAAACUGAAUUUUAAUCCAACAGUGUAUUUCUCAUAAUAAAAUCGUUUUACUUCGUGUACAAAACAUUGAACUAUCGAAAGUGAAAGUUGGGGGUUAGACCGGUAGCCGGAAUUUAUUUCGAACACGCUACGCAAUCUCACUAGGAAGCAGCUGACGCUAGUGAACACACACACACACACAAACAGACACACAUCGGUUAGAAAUGCGAGACAACUUCAACAUGUUACCAAUUGUCCAAGACAACAUGAACUACAUACCGAGAAGUCUUACUAACCUAUCAUCCAAUGGCUACUACGGCUACCAGCCUCCUUUAUUGGAGAAGAUGAAGGAAGAAAAGCCUUGCUUCAUGGAAGUACAACAGUUCGAAAACCCCUCGAGCAAAAACCGGAAACGCGCUUGGGAUUUUGGCACCACCACGGACUUACUAGAGUUCAAAAAACGGCGCCAAAACGAAUGUAGUCCUUUCGUCUAUCAGCAGCAAUCCACGAAUCGAACCGAUGCAAACUUACGAAAACCAACCCAUAAUAUCCCCGACAUGCCGCGAUGCAUCAUGGGUCAUUUUAUUUAAAUUUUUUAUUAUUUAGUAGAAUAGAAAUAUAAUAUUUUACUUUCAAUAUCGGUUUUUCUCUUUCCUCAGAAAAAAUAAUUUCCCGAAAAAAAAGCGAUUCCGAGGACUUGUUUGAAGAAUUACUUAGAGAAACGCACGGUUCUAACCUCUACAAUUAUUGGAAAAGUGAUGAUUUAUAAAUUACAUAACAAUUUUUUGUGAGGAAAACCAUCGUUGCCUAACGCUAGUGGUUUAUUUUUUGUACACAUUUUCAGGAUAGGGGAGGGACAAUUGUAAAUACAAGAAUAAGUUUCUUUUCUCUGAUUCAGGAAAUGUCGCAGCUUCUGUGUAUACUAGUUGAUAUUUUUGUAUUGGUUUGUAUUCAUUUGAGUGAAAUAAAAGUUGAAAGAUU